AUGACACGGGGUAACCAACGUGACAACGAUCGGGCCAAGGCCCUGAAGAAGGCCGGCAACACGAAAAACAAAAACACGCAGACCGGUAGCGAAUUCGCCAAGUCCAAGGAAGACGCUGCUGCCAUCAUGCGCGAGAAGCAGAGGAAGGCAGAUGAAAAGAAAGCAGCCGAGGCUGCAGGUGGACGCAAAAAAUAA